AUGGGUCGUCUGCUCACUCUCGAACUAGAAAAUUUUAAAUCAUAUAAAGGCAAACAAAUUAUUGGUCCAUUUCAGCAGUUUACAGCUAUUAUUGGACCGAAUGGAACUGGAAAAUCAAAUUUAAUGGAUGCAAUUUGUUUCGUACUCGGAGAAAAAGCAAAUAAUCUUCGCGUUAAAAAAUUACAUGAUCUUAUACAUGGAGCCCCUGUCGGUAAAGCAGUCGCUAAUAAAUGUGUUGUUACAAUGAACUAUGAGAACGAUGAUAAAAAAAUGCGUUCAUUCACCAGAUCUGUUACUGGAUCUGGUUCUGAAUAUCGUGUUGAUGGAAAACUGGUAACUCCGCAACAAUACAGCCAUGAACUUGAACAAAUUCAUAUAUUUAUUAAAGCAAAGAAUUUUUUCGUAUAUCAAGGACAAGUUGAACAAGUCGCGAUGAAAAAUCCUAAAGAAUUGACGCAACUUUUUGAAGAAAUAUCACGCUCGUGUGAAUUUCAAAGCGAUUAUGAUCGAUUGAAGGCUGAAAUGAAUAAGGCGGAAGAAGAUGCUGCCUUCAAUUUAAAUAAGAGGCGAGGAAUUGCACAAGAGAAGAGGGAAGCGAAAAUGGAGAAAGAUGAAGCGGAAAAAUAUCAAAUGCUGAAAGAUGAAUUGGCAAGUAAGCAAAGAUUGAUGUAUUUAUUACAACUUUAUCACGCGGAAAAAAGUGCAAAUAAUGCUAGUGAAGAAUUCGAUCGAAGGAAAGAAACUAUGGCUGAAUUGUCAUUGAAAAAGAAAGAAUGCGAUGAAUCAGUUAGCUCAAAAACAAGAGAUACUAAAAAAUUGAAUACAGAGCUGCAUAAAAUGGAACAAAAGAUUCAAGAUAAGGUACUCGCUGUUCAAGAAAUCGAGCAAAAAAAACAGGAAUGUGAAAAGAAAUUAGCUGAUGAAUCGCAACAGCUGGAUAUGCAACUCAGUGAAUCACAGGUAAAUGAAUAUUACUCUUUGAAAGGUGAAGCUACGAAACGUUGUGGAUUAAUGGAUAUGGAACUGAAUAAGUUAUUACAAGAGCACGAGACAGAUAGAAAUACUCUUCAGUUUGAGCAAAGGCGUCUCGUCCAAGCGAGUGAAAGAGUGAAAAAUAAAGAAAAUGAAAUCGAAAGGAAUGCUCGGCACGCCGAACAACUUGCAGAAAAUAUUGAAUCACAAACAAGUUUAUUGGAGGAUGAAAAAAAGAAUUUACAACAUCUCGAGCAACAAGUUCGUGAUUCGAAAGAACGUUUGAAAAAAGUCAAUAUUGAAUUAACUGAAGUAUCGAAACAGCUCGCAGAUGCACAUGGUGAUACAGCUGAAUCAGAACGAAAUCGGAAGCGAAAUGAAGCAAUUGAAAAUUUGAAAAGGGUUUUUCCAGAUCGUGUUUAUGGUCGAUUAGUUGAUUUAUGCCAACCUUCUCAUCGUCGCUUUCAGAUAGCUAUUACUAAGGUUCUAGCAAAGAACAUGAUGUCAAUCGUUUGUGAUACCGAUGAAACUGCACGUGAAAGUAUCGUCUAUUUGAAAGAACAGCGAAUGGCUCCAGAAACGUUUUUACCACUUUCUGUCCUUGAUGUUCAUCCAAUUAAAGAAAAACUGAGGGAACUAACUGAACCAAAAGGUGUAAAACUCGUUUUUGAUGUCAUUCAAUGCAAUGUCCCAGUUGCUCGGAAAGCAUUACAGUUUGCUUGUGGAAAUGCACUAGUCUGUGAAACUGCUGAAGAUGCGAAAUAUUUGGCUUAUGGUAGCGCUUCCGACCGUUACAAAGCUAUCGCGCUAGAUGGGACUUUAUUCCAAAGGAGCGGUCUUAUUUCAGGAGGUGGACAAGAGCUGCGAGCUCGUGCAAGAAAAUGGGAUGAAAAUGCCAUUAGAAAAUUGAAAGAUCGUCGAGCUGCUUUACUUGAUGAAGAUCAACAGUUACAUCGAACUCGAAAAAAAGAACUCGAUGUGGAAAUGAAAAGAAAUCAAUUGGUUCAAUUAGAAGAACGUAUCAGAGCUACUCGAAAAGAACGUUUGAAAAUCGAAAAUCAGACAAUGCAAAGAUUAGAGACUGAAUUGGAAACUUUAAAUAGUGAACAUUCUUUAAUUCAGCCAAGAAUUGAUGAAAUUGAACAACGAAUGUCUGAUCGUAAUAUUCAAAUUGAGAGAUUGCAAAGCAAACGUGAUACAGUAACGGAUGAAGUUUUCCGUGAUUUUUGUGCUCGUAUUAAUAUCAAAGACAUUCGGCAGUACGAACAGCGUGAAAUGCGUUUUCACGAAGAAAUGCAAGAACAGUUGAAAAAAUUCGAUAAUGAGCUUGACAGGCUUCGUAAUGAAUUGGAAUAUUUAAGAUCGGAGGACAAAAGAUUAAAGGAAAAACAAGAGGCUGAUAAAGUAAAGUGUUUAACCAAGGAACUGAGCAGCUUAAUCAGAUGCGAAGAGGACGAGCAGCAGAAACUGAGAACUCUGGAAACAGAAUUCGAAGAAAUGAAAAUGGCUGCUAUUAGAAAAAAAGCUGUAGUAGAAGAUUGUGAAUGUGAAAUAAGCGGUCUUAAGAAAGCUGCGCAACAAGCUGCACGUGAAGUAUCAGCUGCAGAAAAAAUUUUAUUGGCGUUGGAUCAGACAGUGAUACGUCGGAGAAAUGAACGUCAUUCACUUCUCCAUUACUGUAAAAUGAAUGGGAUAGAGGUGCCAUUGAUAAAGGGUUCACUUGCCGACGUUGAUGCGGAUGAACCGAUUGCUUCGAGUUCUGGUGAACAGCUUCUCCCUUUGAUUAGUCAAGAACAAAUAGAUCGAGAGGCAAAAAUAAAAAUCAAUUAUAAAUCACUUUCCGAUAAUCUGAAAGAGUUGGACGAUGAGGAGGAAAUCAAGAAAGCUGUUGAUAAAAUCAAUAAAGAUGUAGCGGAAGCGCAAGCUAAAAUAUCUCGUAUCAAUGCGCCAAACAUGAAGGCCAGAGAAAGAAUGGAAAUCGUAAAAGAAAAAGAAGCUGAGACUACAGAAGAAUGUGAACUGGCACGGAAAAAAGCACGUAAAGCCCGGCAAUUUUUCGAAAAAGUAAAAACCGAUAGAUAUCGACGUUUCCAAGAAUGUUUCGAGCCGGUUUCACAGAAGAUUGAUGAAAUAUAUAAGCAACUUAGUAGGAACGAAAGUGCUCAAGCUUUUCUUGGUGAAGAAAAUAUGGAAGAGCCAUAUUUGGAAGGGAUUGCUUACAACUGUGUGGCUCCUGGUAAACGUUUCCGUCCAAUGGAUAAUCUUAGUGGUGGAGAAAAGACAGUUGCAGCACUAGCCCUUUUGUUUGCCAUUCAUGCUCGGAAUCCAUCGCCUUUUUUCAUUCUUGAUGAAGUUGAUGCUGCUCUGGACAAUACUAAUAUAGGAAAGGUGGCUAGCUUUAUAUGUGAACGAGCGCGAGUAGAUAUGCAACUUAUUGUUAUUUCACUUAAAGAAGAAUUUUAUAAUAAAGCGGAUGCUAUGAUUGGAAUAUAUCCACAACCGGCAAAUUAUACGGUUUCUGGGAUUCUUACUCUUGAUUUAACGCCAUAUAAACAAUCACAAUCCGAUUCAUUUGCGGAAGAAUCAAUGAGUACGGCAUGGUUAAAGAAUUUUGUUGGCCUGAAACAAUCUGAUUAUGAAAUGCUAAAAGUUCCGCGACCGAGAGUCGAAUAUGGUAUCCAUAUGACUGUUAGAGCAAUGCAGGCAGGAGCAUUGGUUGGAAGCAUUUUUGGUCCGUUAAUGGUAAUAUAUCGAGGUGGCAAGUUGGUCGAAAGGAACGGAGAUAUUAGUAAUUUAAAGGACGCUGUAGCAGAUGGUGGUUCAUGUGGUGCGAUAAUUGGUGCUAUGCUCGGACCAGUUCUAACGUAUUUUGCCCUUCGAAAUAUGAAUUCGAUUCGGGUUUAUGACCAUUGUUAUCGACUUAGGUUCAACUCGGAACAGCUUAUAAAGGAUCGUACAUGUUUAUUAGGGGCUGGUAUUGGUUAUCUUAGUUCAGGGACUUUGGGAUUUGUUGUUGGAGUGGACCUCGCAUAUGUAGCCUCGAAAAUACUCUCAUCUGUUUGGAAAUAG